AGCCUAACCAUCACAAGAUGAGGGGUUGCAUUCUCUGAGGAUGGAGAAGAAAGUUUGUUUGAUCCAGACUGAUUUUCGUCAAUACCGUCCAACCAUCAGCAUCCAAACCAAGCCACUGGCGCAUGUUAAACCGCUGCCACACCGUCUGGAAGCUGAGAUGAGAGAAAAAGAAGAACUUCAGAAAGCCAUUGAGAAAACCGGGCAGCUGGUGUCCAGAGUCCAGGAACUCGAGGAGAAGAAUGCGGGACUGCUUAAAGAAAGGAAUGAGGUUUUCAUUCGAUUACAAGCGGUUACCCAAUGA